AUGGCAGACCUCGCUGCAGCCUCCGCCGCUGUCGGCGAUGCAGCUGCAUCUUGGCGAGCCUUCCUGCCGUCCAGAGAGGCAGUCGUGGAAGCUCUGCGGCAGUAUCCCCCUCUGGACGCCAGACACCUCCCUUAUGGCACGUCAGGUAGGAAAGAGGUCGUCGAGGAUCCGCGUAGACAGCCAUGCAGUAGACGCACGCAGUCGAGGCACCCCCUAGCGGCGAGAAACCCCGCUCACAAGAGCGUCUUCCAAGAGAAUAUAACGACUGUAUCUAUCUGCACCGAAAGGGCUGUCUCGGAGAGGGCCCUUCGCAAACUCCUUCUUUCGAAGCGCUCGUCUUGUGCGCCUGCAGUGCACUUGGUUGCAGGAUACGCCUCGCUUACGGCCUUUCCUUCUCUCAGCACCCUCUAUUUCAUGCUCUUUCCUUCUCUCUCGUCUUUUGAUUGUGCCCCCUCCUUGGAUGCAUGCAUCAGUGCCGUCCCAUGCCCACAUCCAUGCUGGUGCAGGCGCAACACAGACGGCCUCUUCUUCUGCCGCCCCCUGUGCUGCACUGAAGGAGGAGACGUGUAUCUGUCUGCCUCCGUCUGCAUGCGUAGUCGAUGCAUGUGGGUGCCUCUUCUUUCUCACGGAGAGACUCCCGCCUCGGCUCCUAGAGGCAGCGCUCGCGAAACUGCAACACACAGCCGCCCUGUCCAUACACCGCACGCCCCUGCUCAUUGUGAUGUCUCUUUCUGCAUCCAUUGCACGAAGCGACCUCCCUCUGCAGUCCUAGAGCGUUUUUUGUCUUUUGAGCGCUUCCCUGCACUUGUCUGCGUCCAGUGCGCUCUUGAGGAGGCAAGCCAAGGAGGGAGGCGCUCAGCAGGAGAGCUUUCUGCCGAUGCGGCGAUCGAAGCGCAUGCGGACUGCUUCUUCGCCGUUGCAGAGCAGCUCUUCGAGCACGCCAGCUGCCUCGCUGCAGACGAGGAGGCAACACUGCCUCAGGGCAUGCAAGGAGAGGCAUUUCCCACUUCUCCUCCUGCUGCUGCUGCGUCAGAAUUUUCCGAAGAAGAGCAGGCUCAAGCUAGGUCGCGUCUGCACUCCAUGGGGGCUUGCGUGCUGCAGGCGAGAGACUCUCGCGCGUCGUCUCUCGCUCUCGAAGAGGCGCUCACUGCAGGCGUGUCUCUUGUUGGCGUGCAGUCUGUGAGGCUGGGAGUGGCAGCCACUGGCCAGCUGCAGUUUCUUGUGCUGCUCUGCAACGAGGCUCUCUCGGGAGUUUCCCCCCCACGUCUACCGGAGAAACAGCAUCAAGCGCUUCGCGCUGCGCUGUAUGCCCUCCGAUCGUGCCAGGAGAACCAACCAGCCUUAUUAGCAGGUGCAGAAAGGAAAUAUACGCAAGGAUAUCGCAGCGUGGCAUCGUCUCCGGUGUAUGUGGACUGCGGAAACGGAGCUGGCUCCCCUGCCUGCGGCGAGCUGCAGAAGCUCCUGCGGCUGCUUGGAGAGAAGCCUCUCUUCGCGCGCAACACAGGGCUCAACACGACAAGCAGCUCCGACACAACGAGCAGUGACUGCAGCGGCAGCCACCUGAUCAACGAGAACUGCGGCGCAGAAUUCGUCCAGAAAGGCGUGCGACUGCCUCAACGCUUCGGCUUCCCGAAGGAUGCCUCAGAGGGUGCUCCCUGCUGCGCCUUCGAUGGGGAUGCCGAUCGCAUUGUGUACUUUGCGUGGCAGCGACAGCAGACUCCUUCCGAUGAAUGCUCUUCUUCGGGGUUUUCUUCGUUAGAGGACUCUCCCGCUGUGGCGGCAGCAAACGACGAGGAAACGAUGAGGGUGCAGCUGUUCGAUGGGGACCGUAUUGCCUGCCUCUUCGUGCUGCUGAUUGCAAGUCUGCUGAAAGCUGCUGAGGAAAACAGAGUAGGAAACAGCCUGCACAAAACGACGGCGGCUCGGAGGGAGCAAGCAAACGAUGCCCCAGCAGCUGCUCUAGAGCCUCUGCGGGUAGGCGUAGUGCAGACGGCGUAUGCGAACGGUGGAAGCACCAGAUUCUUGGAGAAUCUCAGCAAAACUGUGCAGCAGUGGGAGUACUUGAAGAUCCAGAUAGAAUUGCGCUGCGUCAAGACUGGCGUCAAGAAUCUGCACCGGGAAGCCUCGCAGUUUCCACUGUCGGUGUACUUUGAGGCAAACGGCCAUGGGACUGUGCUGAGUCAUCCAGCAGAACUUGCGGCGUGGGGUGUAAAAGUCGGAAUCUAUCAGACCGAGGCCUUCCAGUUUCUACAGCACUUUGUAGCCUUAUUCAAUCCAGCAACGGGAGACGCCUUGGCAGACUUGCUCGGUGUGGAGAUCGCUCGAACAAGGCUCUCUCUCUCGCUCUCCCAAUGGCAUUUGUUGUACGACGAGUUCCCCUCAAUUACCGCUAAGGCAGCGCUGUGGGAUCUUGCCAACUCUACAGGGCCCUUCUGCAGGGUGUUUGUGAGGCCGUCCGGUACAGAAGACGUUGCGAGGAUCUACGCCGAGGCUCCCCACAGGAGAGAGGCGCAAAAGCUCGCCGAUGCUGCCGCGCAAAUCGUCCUACAGUUUGCGCAGUCAGAGGUAGCAGACAGGGGAGUGCAAGUCUAG